AUGCGGAUGUGCAUUGAUUACCGCCAGUUGAACAAAGUUACCAUAAAGAACAAGUGCCCGUUGCCGCAUAUUGAUGAUUUGUUUGACCAGUUGCAGGGUGCCAGGGUGUUAUCUAAGAUCGACUUGAGAUCAAGGUAUCAUCAGUUGAAGAUUCGUGAUUCGGAUGUUCCAAAGAUGCCUUACGGGACUAGAUAUGGCCACUAUGAGUUCCUAGUGAUGUCCUUCGGCUUGAUUAAUGCCCCGACGACAUUUAUGGAUUUGACAAACCGGUUGUUCAGGCCAUAUAUUGACUCGUUUUUCAUUGUCUUCAUUGAUGACACAUUGAUCUGCUCGUGUAUCAUCGAAGAGUACGGCCAACAUUUGAGAGUGGUACUUCAGACCUUGCAGGAACAGAUGCUAUAUGCUAAGUUCUCCAAGUGUGAUUUAUAG